AGUAAGAAAGGCCGAUAAGAAACUCUUUAAAACUUAAAAAUUAACUCAUCAAAAGCAGUAAGAAGGACAAAGUCUAAUUUUUUUCGCAAGAGUUCAGGAAUUAAAAUUUUAAAAUAGUUUCAUUAUUUUCAUAUAAAAUAAUUUCCAAUAAAAUGGGUAAAAAAGCGAAAAAUUCGAGAUCAAACCACGCCUCAGUGGAUUCAGGGAUGCCUAGGCACUUUCGUAGGGAAGUUUUAGAAAUGUGCAAUCAACUGCUAGAAAGAUGUAGCAUUCUGCCCCAGACCCAACAACAGCAAAAUGAGUGGGAGAAUUUUGUUGAAAUAUUCAACAUCGUCGAAAAGCUAAGGAAGAAGCAACAACCUUAUGUUAUGAAACAUCGACAGAAUAGAUCUGAAUAUGUAACACAGUUCUUCGAAUGGCUGAAUAAAAAUAAAGUCGAUACUUCUAAAGUGACUGUUGAUCAGUUUGGUUCUCAAGGUUUUGGCUUGAAGGCUGUACAAGAUAUAAAAGAGGGUGAUCUUAUUUUGGCAGUGGCAAGAGAUGUGAUGAUGAAGACGUCAGAUGCUAUGCUCUCUCCUAUCGGAAAGAUAGCGAAAUCAGAUAAAAUUCUGCAGUCUAUGCCUAAUAUUCUCAUGUCUUUGUUUCUCCUAUGUGAGUGCGCUAAUCUUGAAAAGUCGCACUGGGGUCCAUAUUUAAAGAUUUUGCCCGAUUCGUACACUACUCCAUUGUAUUUCUCCAUCAGUGAGAUGGCGUUGAUUAAGAAUCUUCCGAUUUUUACCGAUGUCAUGAACCAGUAUAAAAGCAUUGCUAGGCAGUAUGCCUAUUUCUUUAAACUGUUUCAAGGUUUGACGGAUGCAUCAAACCUGCCCAUUAAAACGUUCUGCUAUGAUGAUUAUAGGUGGGCUGUCUCAACGAUUAUGACGAGGCAGAAUAAAAUACCUUCAAUUAAUAAUAAAAGCAAUAAUAAUAAUAAUUUGGUUGGUGAUGGUGAUGAUCCUGAAACUGUGCUUAUCCCACUGUGGGAUUUUUCCAAUCAUGCUGAUGGACAUAUUUCAACAGGGUAUAACGAAGUAACCAGCCAAUCAGAUUGUUUUGCUAUGAAAGAAUUUAAAACUGGUGAUCAGAUCUUAAUCUAUUAUGGCGCCCGAAGCAAUUCUGAAUUUCUUCUUCACAAUGGUUUCGUCUAUGCAGAUAAUAGUAACGAUGCUGUUGCUAUAAGACUUGGGGUAAGCAAGAAUGACUCACUGUUUAGUUUAAAAGCUGAAGUCCUGGCUAGAGUUAAUUUAAAUGCCAAUCAGACUUUUUACGUGAACUCUGACCCUGAAUGCCCACUUGAACCUUCUCUGAUUGCCUUUCUCAGGAUUUUCUCAAUGGACAUCGAGACCCUGAUGCAUUACCUAAGAGGUGAUGGCCUGGAUGAGAGGCGGACGAAACUCAGGGAUGUGACAGAAUGGGUGGACCCCUCUAAUGAAUAUAAAUCUUGGGAUUUUCUAGAAAAUAGAUGCUUGCUGUUGAUUAGGAGCUGCUACGCUGAUUUGCCUGAAGCUACAAGCAGUAAGGAGUGUGAAGUGACAACCAAAAUCGCAACGACGACUUCAGCAAACGUUGAAAAUAUAUUACUGUUGAAAAAAUGCGAGAGGCGAAUCCUCCAGUACGUCGCUGAAUUUUCUCAUAGGCAAAAAAUGGCAGUCGUCGAGUUUGUUGAAAAGUACAAAAUUUCAACUAGUGAAACCUCUCCUCAGCAGCAGCAAACGCAGCUGCAGCAACCACAGCAGCUGCAAAUUUACGAUGCGGUUGUUUGUGGUUUAGGUAAUAAUGACGAUGAUGAUGUCGAACAACAAUUACUACAUGGUAACGGUGGCGAUGAUGUUAGCGAUGAAAGUAAAUUUCGCGAUGCUGUCGAUGGCUUAAAAAUUAUCGAUCAGGUUGCCGAGUCAAAUUGAAUGAUUGAAUAAUUUAUUAGUUCUUUCACUCGUUUAUUUAUUUAUUUGUUUAUUCAUUCAUUUACUCGUUCGUUCAUUCGUUCGUCAAAUUAUUUCAUUCAUUUUUUUUAAGACUUUGUUAAUGUGGUUUGAAAAGACAAUGCUAUUGUUGUUGCUACCGAUGUUUUUACCAAGAUUUCUCAAUAAUUUUUGUCUUUUUUACAAAUAUUUAUUGUUUGUUUGAGAGAGUAUGUGUGUUUGAGUGUGUGUCUGUGUGUGGUGUGUGUGUGUGUGAAGUCUUUCACAUUUAUCAUUUGUGUGUGAAACGUUUUUAAAGAUUCUUUGCCUAUUUUGUUCAAGAAUUUAUGAUAUUAUUGAUGUACACAGACAUACGUAUGUGCGUACGUACAUGCACACACUCACAUACAUACAAGCAUUCAUACAUACAUGACAUGGUUUUGAUACAUUUUUGCCGCAAUAAAUAUUACACUGGUUUCAGAA